CUGUGCUGAGCAAAAAGGUCAAAUUUGGUUAAUGUUUGUAAGGUAUGAUCAAUUUUGGUUAAAGUUUUCAAAAGGAAAAACGGGGUAUUACAGCACUGGACAGUGGACUGGGUCCAUGAACCAUGGUUGAUCCCCUGCAGCCUACAAGAGGCACGACGACGACCGGUUCCUCGGGGCCAUCUCGUUCUCACGCUGUCCACAUCCCAGCAUGUCAUCUCGUUUCAUUUCCAGCACAACAGUAGCACUGCUUCACAUACACCUACCACCACAAGAAGGAGCUGCCUACACGUACGCGCACGCAACGAGAAUUUCACAAGCAAAUCGAAUCGAUCGAUCAAACCCCGGCGGCCCAAUAACAUGGGGAACUGCUUCGGAUCAUGCCCCGAGGAGAAGGAGAAACAACCACAAUCUCCGGCCCCCAAACCAGCAGGGAAGGAGCUGUCGUGGCCCAAGGAGAACGGCGGCGGCGUGGAGCAAGAGCAGUACCCGCGGUGGCCGAGCGUUAAUGGCGGCGGCGGAGGAGGAGUGGUUCUUGAGGCAGCGAGGCUGCGGGUGUUCACGCUGGCGGAGCUCCGGGCGGUGACAAGAGGGUUCAAGCCGGAGAUGGUGCUCGGGGAAGGCGGGUUCGGGCGGGUGUACAAGGGUUGGGCGGACGAGCGCACGCUGAACCCGGCCAAGAGCGGCGCCGGGGUCGUCGUCGCCGUCAAGAAGCUCAACCCGGAGAGCGUGCAGGGCCUCCAGGAAUGGCAGUCGGAGGUGGACUUCCUGGGCAGGCUGUCGCACCCGAACCUGGUGAAGCUGCUGGGCUACUGCGGCGAGGACCGGGAGCUGCUCCUCGUCUACGAGUUCAUGCCCAAAGGCAGCCUCGAGAACCACCUCUUCAGGAGAGGCGCAGCGUUCGAGCCGCUGUCGUGGGACACGAGGCUGAAGAUCGCCGUGGGCGCCGCCCGUGGCCUCGCCUUCCUCCACUCACCCGACGCCCAGAUCAUCUACCGCGACUUCAAGGCCUCCAACAUCCUUCUCGACUCCGACUUCAGCCCGAAGCUGUCGGACUUCGGGCUGGCGAAGCACGGGCCGGCGGCGGGGAAGUCGCACGUGACGACGCGUAUCAUCGGGACCUACGGCUACGCGGCGCCGGAGUACGUGGCCACGGGCCACCUGUACGUCAAGAGCGACGUCUACGGCUUCGGCGUCGUGCUGCUGGAGCUGCUUACUGGGCUGCGAGCCCACGACCUCAACCGGCCCAGCCACCAGCAGAGCCUCGUCGACUGGGCCCGGCCCUACAUCGCCGGGGCCGGCGCAGGCUCAGGCUCCGGCAGCAGCGGCCGGAAGCUCGCGGGCCUCAUGGAUGCCCGGCUCGCGGGCCAGUACCCGCCCAAGGCCGCGCUCCGGGCCGCCAGGCUGGCCCACCGGUGCCUCUGCGGGGAUCCCAAGACCCGGCCCUCCAUGGAUGACGUCGUCGCUAAGCUUGAGGAGAUCGAGUCCAUGGCCGCAGCGAAGACGUCCAGAGGGACCCGGGACUCGCUGCCGCCGCCGCGCCGGUCGCCGUACCGGAGCUCCGGCGGCAAGCCGUGACGACGUUUACUGAUGGAUUCCAUCUGUUAUUUCUGUGUGACAGUAGGCCAUAAGACCUGUUCGAUUGGUGUUACUUACUCAUGAUUGAUUGCAACAUAGGAACAUCAGAGACUGAUACAUGCAGAUUUUGGGCGAUCUCUGAAGCAAAAUGUACAGCUGUAAACUCGAGGGCAAUUAAUACAGAAGAUUAUUUCUCAA